AUGUAAUAUGAGGAACUUAGUGAUGACUAAUUUGUUAAACAUGCUGAGAGACUAGUCAACUUUAGAGUAGAUGAUAUUGAGAACUCACCCCUUCGACGCUUUAAUAACGAUAAUAUUCUGAUGCUAGAGAGAAUAGAAGACAUUGAGAGAGCAGUUGCGGAGUCACCAGACAAUAAAUCAUUCAAAUCUAGGUCUCCUAGCAUGAAAAGAAAAAACAAAAGUCCAUCCUAAACUCAACUUGAAAAUGCAUUCUGGAAUUGUGAUUCUAAUCUAGUCGUGAAAGAUAUGCUUGCUGUUUCAACAAAAAAGACCAAUGAAGAUUUGAAGGCGUUUAAAUUGAAACUUGGCGGAGGGUAAAUUUAAAAAGAUGAGAAGGAUAAUAAUGAUAAAAAUGAAUAAGAUGAGUAACAACUGCAACAAUAAUCUAAAGUGAAGUUGCAAACUCCGAAGAAAAGUGAUGCAAGAGAGAGUGCCUCUAAAAGGACCCGAUCUUUAUUUAAUUAGAAGGAAAAGGCUCGAAGAACGUAGACUAGGCUUAUAGAAUAUGAGGAAGAUAGUGAUUAUAGUCCUGGCAAGAGCUCAGUGAAUUUAUCAAGUAAUGAUGAAAAUGGAGAAUUUGAUGAUUUCGCAUUGAUACAAAGUGAGUUUGACAAUGUGAAAUAGGAACGUGAGGAGCAAACAAAGUUAGCUAAGCUUAAGGAUUUAUACCAAAACCAUCUGCAUGAACUUCUGAUUUAAAAAUAAACUCUGGAGAAGUAAGUUAGAAUGGAACGAGCACUAAGAAUGAAAUCUGAUCAUGAGAUUAAAUACCUUAGAAAUAAGCUGGAUGUAGAAAUGAAGACAAUGAAAUCAAAGAUCGAGGAUGAAUUCAAGUUAAACUUUAACAGGAGGCAAAAUGAGAUGUGGACAAAGUUUCAAGUAGAGCAAUCAAACGUAGCUGCAUAAUAUAAUGAGCUCAGAGCUUAUCAAGCAAAAAAGCUUACAUUAAUGUCUAAGAUGAGUAGAGUCAUCUGCUGGUAAGAAAAUGAUGUCGUGGCAUUGAGAACUUAGUAUAAGUAAGCAGAAAGAUAGAAUAGAAUGCUCUCUAAUCCAAGCAAAGUAAGUUUGAUGUCGUAAAAAGGAGGAUCGCUUAUAUCAAAAGAAGAAAGAGAAGAAGCAGCAAGAGUUCAAGAGAUAGAGCAAAUGCAUAGAGAUGAGAUUGAAAGAUAUCAGGAUCAUAUAAACUAUUAGGAUACAGAGAUAGAGCACAUCAAAUAAAUAAUGGAGAGAUGGGUAACUUAAAUAAAUGCACUAAAUGACUAGAUCAAAGAACUUAAACAGCUUAAUGAAAAUUUGAGAUAAUAGCAUAAAAAUGAAGUGGCAAUUAUCAUUGAUAAAUACGAGACAACUAUCAAAUAGCUAUAAAAAUAGCAAGUAAGCGAAAAGGGACAAAUGAGUGAAUACCGAAAUCAUGUUGAACACGAACUAGGGUUAAAAGACAAACUCUAAGAAAGACUAACUGGCUAUAUAGAUGUUCUAAGGAAAGAAGUAAUUACUGCCAAAAGAAUAAUGGCUAAUCCUAAAUUGAGAGACAAUGCUUAUAAUGAAAUAAACUUUGAGAGGGUUUAUUACUAUGAUUAUGUGCCAAAGACCAGAGAGGAAGGCAUGCAAGAAAAAAGUUUUGAUAAAAACUCAGUGUCUAUCAAAAUCAAACCUAAAACUAUAAAAGAUAAUGUUGUAUUAUCAGGAAACAUCAUAAAUAGACAAGGAACAAUAGGAAGUUCUAUGUCUUUAAAAGACUAUGAAAACUCUAAUCCAAGGCCAGCAACUUCAGGAGAUCCUAAUAAAAGCUUGAAGCGGCGAAGGCAGCUAUUCAUAAACUAGAAUCCAAAUGAUAGGACUACUCAUGCAUCGACUAUAAAUCAUCCAGUAUUGUCCUCCUCUGCUUUUAAUAUGGAUGUAGAAUCACCAAAUGUUUAGGCCUCAAAGUUUAAACUGGAUAGAACAUAGUAUGAUAGAAGAUUUGUCUAGACUGCUAAGAACUCACCUAGACCACAAAGGUAAAGCAACUUCUCCAAUAACUUCAACAUAAUGUCCAACUCUAAGCAAGAAUCGACACAAUUUGAUAUGGAGUCAGUUUAAAAUAACAAUAAUCCAAAUCACAACUUCAACGUAGAAGUCUAGAAUGUGAUGAAGGGCUGGAGUAACAAUCAUUCAGUAGAGCGGAAACCCCUAAUUAAUACAUCUAUUGGUGAAAACAUCAACAUAAGCAGUAAAAUCAAUAAUGAUGGUAAGCAUCAUAAUAAUGUGAACACAUCAUUGCUAAAUUCCAUUGAAUAUUCUUUGGAAAACAGCACAGUUUUUAGGAAUAAAGACUUAGCAUAGAUAAAUUUUGGGCUAAAUAUGAGUAGUACUCCCAUAAAUCAAAGACCAAGUAAAAUGAGAGCAACAAGUACUCAUUUUCAGAGCACCUAAAAUAACAAUACUCCUAAGACAUAGCAAAGGUAUUAAUUGCAGUAAACUUCUGUAAUGGCUAAAGUUUAUUUUAACAUGGAUAAUAGUGUCACUUCCAAUUGA